AUGUGCUCUGUACGCAUCCGUGGUGGUUUGGAGUGGCCGCUAAUUAUAGAGAAUUAUGGAGCUUCCAGAACCUUCCAAAAGGUUCUGCCCUCAGGCAUCCUCGCAGGUGACUCACUGGGUAUGAGUCCUCGGUGUCCUUUUUGACUCCUGUAGUUUGUAGCGCCAAAAAUAACCGGCCAAAAUUAGCGCCUCGAAUCAUUGAAGAGGAGCGCGGAUCAGGGUUCAAAACCAGCAAAAAUACUCCUCAAGACAUUCAAUGUCUUACUGCCGAAGUCGCAGUACCCCACGCAUUGUUAAUUCCUUAUAAUGAACCGCUCAAAACCCCCGAAAAGAGGCACCUGGAUCAACUUAAGCCAUUCCGGAGCACCAUCGGGCCCCCUCAGACAGCCCGAUCCGAGUCUCCGAGCAACGCACUGAAGCCCUCUAUUCCGGCGCAUGGUUAUAACCUGAGGCGCAAGUAA